CACUAUUUUGAAUGUUCAGUGUAUAGUAAUUGUGGAUUAUUGUAUUUCGAUAGAUUUCCUUAAAGUUCGUCAUCGAUUCUCUAACAUCGUGCUGUUAUUAUAGUAAAUUGUUACUAAAAGUCUACCACUUUCAUUAAUCGCUUAUUGCAUUUGUGGAUCUUUAAUUUAGCUAUACGCGUUCAUACUACUUUAAAAGGGUGAAAUCAUGACGGAUUCCAUAAAGUUUGGGCCAGAAUGGUUAAGAAAUAUGUCUCAGGGCAUAUCUAAGCCUCAGCUUGCGGAACAUCGCUAUGGUAGAGAAGAGAUGUUGGCUUUGUUUGAUAUUUCAUCAUGUAAUGUUCCACCAGAAUCGCUUAAGGAAUUGUCUAUGGUUUAUAGUGAAAAACCUCAAACACCAUUAUCUUUACAGCAAAUGUCUGAAGAAGAAACUAGACUUUGGAAUCGAGGCAUAAACAGUGAUACUAUCGUCAGAGCAUCUGUGCGAACACCUGGUGGUAGAGGUACUGCUAUUGAAGUACGGGGGGGCAGUACGAGUGCUAGAGGGAGAGGAGGGCGUGGUGGUUAUUAUUAUAAUACUACACGGCCUGGCUAUGAAGAAGGUCCAGAAGGUGGAGGUUCACCAAUGAAUCGAGGUCCACAUCGACCAUUUGAGCGCCUGAACUCUAAUGAAAGAAGCAUGAAUCGUAACGGUGAGUACACCAAUGAUUGGAGAGGAAGGGACGAAUCUAAUAAUUGGUGGAGAAAAAAUAGAGGUGGAAUACAUCAAGGUCAGUCUGAAGAACCUAAUGGACGUUGGGGACGUACUCGCACAGAUUCCUAUAACAAUGACAAGUGGCCCGCUGGGCGGCCAACAUCAAAAUAUGAUGAAGACGAAGGAUGGGAUCGUGGAGAAACAAGAUGGUCAAAUAAUACUAACACUAAUGAAAGACGGAAACUUGAUUGGGGAGAAACUUUGCCCGAAUGGGCUGUUGACAAUCCUGGUGAAAAAGGAGGAAGUUUUGAUUCAUCUGGUGCUUUUCAUGACAACCAUUUUGAAGAAGAUCAUCAUUAUGAUGUAGAAGAACAAUCUCGUAAUGAUCAUGAAUAUGAAGAAAACAAUGAUGUUAAUGUUAACAAUAAAGAAAGCUCUACAAUUUCUCCCAUUAAACAGUUAAAUGGCCAAGAAAAAGAAGAAAUAGCAUCAACUUCAAUGUCUACUUCACCAUCACAAACCGAAGAAGUACCAUCCUCGCCAGAGCGUUUUAAAACUAUAAGACAACAGCACCAAAACAAUAUAAAUUCUCAUACUGUAAAAGAAUCUUUAAUACAAAAUGAGCACAACAGAUUAAAUCAUCCUGAAUCUGUACAAAUUCAUCAUGUUCAACAGGAUAAUCCUGUAAUUCAUAGUAAGAGUAGUCCAGCAGUACCAUUGAUGUCUGAUUGUCAGCCAAAUAAAAUGGAUAACAUAAAUAAUGUUAGAGAUAUGUCUAUCAUUAAUAGUCAUUUGGAUAAUUCAAAUAUCAAUCCCAUUCAUCGAUCCACAAGUUUAAAUACUAAUGCUAACCAUCGAAUAGAUACUAUGGAUGCUGAAGCAGAAUCUAUGGUAUCUAGAUUAACCAGUGACAACUUCAAAAUUGGAACCUCAACACAUCAAACGAGUAACAAAUGGUUCUAUAGAGAUCCCCAAGGAGAUGUUCAGGGUCCGUUUUUGACAUCUGAAAUGACUGAAUGGUACAGCUUAGGAUACUUCCACGAUAAUAUGUUAAUGGUAAAGAGGUCAUGUGAUGAACAUUUUUACUCUUUGGGCGAUCUUGUAAGACUUAAAGGAAAUCUACCAUUUUCUGAUACGCCAUUUACGGAACAUGAUGUAAAAAUGAGUGCUCGAAUAGGAGUACAACAACCACCUCAACAUAAUCCAUUUACAAUGAAUGAUUCUAUGGUUCUUCAACAACAACAGCACCAACAUUACCAAUACAGACAGUUGUAUUUAAAACAAAGAGAAAUAGCUAUACAAAAUGCAGUUCACCAAUUAUCUCAAUCUGAAAGAUGGAAUACUUUAUCACCUAUUGAACAACAACAGUUGAUUAUGCAUCACAUCCGUAAUGUUGAAGCAAACACAACCAUUCCUCCAAUUUAUGCCGCACCUAUUCUUCCUCAACCUCAACCCACUUUACACCCUUUGAAUCCACCUACUAAUAAUAAUAUUAUGGUAAUGUUAUCACAAAUGCAACAACAACAGCAGCAGCAACACCAACAUUUUAAUCAUCAGAUUGACCCGAAACAUAAUGUUCAUGGUAUUCCACCUUCUCAACCUAUCAACCAGCAACUGGAUCCAUUGCACUCGUUAGUACAAAGUAUGGGUGGCUUAAAAACAUCUACUCCGCCACCAGUAAAUAUUCCUCUCCAUCAUCAAAGUUCAAAUGUUAUUCGACCAAAUAGUACACAAUCAGAAAGCAAUCCUAUUUCAGAUUUAUUAAGACAAUUAGGUGCACCUCAAGAUAAACCUCUUAAGGUCGCCGAAACAAGUGUAUGGGGCAUAGAGUUUCCUGGUUCUGAUAAACAAAAAAUAAAUGGUCCAGUUGGAAUUGGUGGCUGGCAGUCGGUUCCUUCAGCUGAACAAUCUCAUCAAACACCUGGAGUUUUAUGGGGAUCUGGGGAAUAUACAAAGAUUAUUGGUGCUGAUCAUCAAGCUAUUGAAGAGGCUAUAAAAGAGGAAGCAAGACGAAGUGAUGAAGCAAGAAAAAAAGAAAUAAUGAAACAAAAUGAACAGUUAAGAAAACGAGAAGAAAUGAUGGAGAAAGAAUUGAAAAAAAAACACGAAUUUGAAAAGGCUAAAUUAGAAGAGGAAAAGAAAAAAGAAGAAGCACGUAAACAUAAAGAACACGAGAAAAAAAUAAGAGAAGAAGCAGAAAAGAAAAAAUUAGAAAAAAAGAGGCUUGAAGAAGAACAAGCAAAAAGACGUGACCAUGAAAAAAAAAUUAAAGAGGAGAAAGAAAGAAGACUGUUGGAAGAGAAAAAGAAAGAAGAAGAAAAACGAAUUCAUGAAGAAGAGAAAAAAAAAAGAGCUGAGAUAAAAAAGAAAGAAGAACAGAGAAAAAAGGAGGAACAAAAAAAGAAAGAGGAACAAAAACGUAAAGAUGAAACUAAAAAACAAGAUCAGAAAAAAAAAGAUGAUGAUCAAAAGAAAAAGCAAGAUUCCUCUAAACCAAAUCAUUCAGUUCCUAUUGUGACAGAGCCACAAAAAAAAAAGAAAAAAGAUCCUCAGACUGUUGCACAUAAUGGUGUAGAAACUGCUUCUGCGCCGUGGGCUGCAGCUGAUCAAAAGAAAGCAGUGCAGGUCAAGUCAAUGGCUGAGAUCCAAGCAGAAGAACAGAAACGUGAACAACUGAUGAAACAAAAAGAACGUGAACGAACAGAACGCGAGAUGUCUCUAAUAGCUAUGGAACAGGCCAAACAGGAAAAAGCCAGAGCUAAUGUCAAAAUGCAAUCAUGGUCAACUGUGAUAGCUAAAAAUGUUCCACAACCCCAGUCUGCGAGUAACAAUUCUGUAUGGGGGCCAGCUACCCAAUCUAAUAACGACAAACAGCCACUUACUCCAAAGCCUAGUAAAGUAUCAGCUACCACUAAUAACAAUAAAAGUAAUCUCAAAAGCAAUGUAAAAACAGCCAGUCAAGUUGCUCAGAACAGUGUGAUGAAAAAAGCAAUAGAAAAUCGUGGGGAAAAUAAUAACUGUAAUGAUGAAUUUAGUCAGUGGUGCUGUAAACAUCUUGCAACUAUUAACAAAAACACUAUUGAUAUUCCUACAUUUGUUACAUUCUUAAAGGAUGUUGAGUCUGAAUAUGAAGUAAAAGACUACAUUCAGAGUUAUCUGGGUGACAAUAAAGAAGUUCGAGAAUUUGUUAAACAAUUUUUUGAUAAAAGAUUAAAGAUUCAAAACAAACAAAAAGGUUCUGAUUUUGUUGAAAUGAAGAGUAAAAACAAAAAAAGAAAUAAAAUGGUCCCUCUAGAUAAUAAAGUUCUUGGUUUCAAUGUGGUCGCUUCGGAACGCAUCAAUGUCGGAGAACUAGACCUUGGUGAAUAGGGGUGAUCACUUAAGUGAUGACAUACCAACAAGUUGUUUUGUUCGUCAUCUUGGUUGUUUUUUAGGAACGAUUUAGGUCUUUGCGAAUUUAAAGAAACAAUUUUUAAUUGAGUAUUAAAUAUGUCCAUGUUUCUCGUUGAAAUUUUUUUUUUAUUGAUAAAUAUAUAUAUUUAAUUAAAUAAAUUUCUUUUUAUGAUCAUUUUUUUUUUUGUAAAUAGUAAAUAAUUAAUAAUAUUACUCUUGUUAAAUUUCUAGAUGAAUGUUGUCGUAUUUUUUGUACAGGUUAUUGCACAUAGGUGUUAAUAUUGAUAAUUACAUUGACUGUACAAAUGAUUUCCCUACCCCAUUUCCAAAUCGCCUUAAAUUAUUAAUUAUUAUAUUGUAUAUAAAGUAUAAUUACAAUAAUAAUUAUAAUUGAAUUGCAUAUAUAAUGCAUAUGAGCAUUUAUAUGUUAUAUAAUUACAAAUAAAUUAAAUUUUUUAUAAUAAAAAAAUUGUAUGUAUGAUUAUUAUUAUACACACCAAGAAAGAAUACCUAAAAUGUAUUUUGUAACUGAAUCAGCCAUUAAAAAAAUUAUUUUAUCGCCAA